AUGUCGACCUUCUCCCUAUCGAGGACUGAGAGUCCACAGGCCUUCGUCUCGAGUUUUGCCCCGCGCGUUCGCACAUACCAAAACUCGCUCUUGACACCGGCCAUCCAACCGCAAAAUGCCAUCCCUCCUCUGCGCACGACAAAGCGCGGCACCACUGCCAUCAACUACUCCGAGGACUUUGAGAACGACAGUCUAGUCGAAGAUAGCGACGCACCCCGAAGACCAACCGGCCUACGCAGUCUGCGCCAGAACGAGUCCCAGACCGUCGUUACUACCGGACCCGUUCAGUCGACUGAAUUAACAAGUGCCGUUGAUGUUCAAGGCAUCUGGCGUGAGUGGAUGGGCAAGCCGAAGAAGGCCAUGACAGAAAGACAGGUCAUGCUGCAAGCACAACUUCCUCUCAACCUCGUUCCUAUCCGCAUCGACUUGAGCGUCAGUCCUUUCCAACCAGAAGCUCCUCUGCCCAAGCCCCAAAUUGGGCGCGACCUCGGUGUUGACGAAAAUUCGCCUGCAUACAAGGCUCCCGAUAUCACUCCUGAAUUUCGCAUCAAGGAUAGCUUCCUUUGGAAUCUACACGAGGCUCUCAUGACCCCCGAUCAAUUCGCCAAGGUCUUUGUUGACGAGCUGGACUUUCCCUUGGAACGUCGUCCCGCUCUAGCAAUCCAAGUCUCUCAGCAGAUCCGCACACAACUAGAAGAACAUGCUGCCGUCGUCAUGCACCCGCUGUUCAACCCUACCCCCACCACCACCACUGAGACUCGCAACAUCUCGACACGCCCUCCCCUCUCACGCGAAAUCUCCUCCACACCCUUCGCACAAACUCCAUCUGCACAACAGCCGCAAACAAAUGGUGUCAAUACUCCUAAUGCCGCCCAAACACCCUUGCCCAACGACGCCAAUGUUUCAGCCGUUGCUCAACCUCUACCACCCUCUUCCGUACACAACCCUGACGACGCCCACCGCUGCAUCAUCUCGCUCUCGAUCAACCUUAUGAAUAGACUUUACACCGACAAAUUCGAGUGGUCACUUAUGCACCCGGCAGGCUUCCCCGAGAUCUUCGCCAAACAGACCUGCGCCGACUUGGGUCUAUCAGGAGAAUGGGUCCCCGCACUCGCUCACGCCAUCUACGAGGCUGUCUUGAAGCUGAAGAAAGAAUACUGUGAGAACAACGGUUCAUUGCUUGCAGUCAUCGGCAGUGGUAUUGAUGCUUGGGGUCAAAUCGACAACGAGUCUGCAGAGGUACAUGGCGAUGGUUCACUGGCAAUAGGAGAAGCCGCUGGCUGGCGCUUCGACAACGACGAUCUAGGAGCUGAAUGGCAACCGCGUGUUGAAGUAUUAAGCAAGGACGAGAUCGAAAAGCGUGAAGGAGACCGUGAACGCCAGAUUCGCAGACAAAGACGUGAGAUGGCUGCACGCGCUAACGCUGGAUUUGCACCACCGCCUGCUUUGGCAAAUGACUACUUUGGUUCCCAGUCUGGUGCUGGUGAUGAGGAGAGAAUGGGCAGAGGCGAGAGAAGCAAGAAGAAGAGACGAUUCCGCAGUCUGAGUCCUACAGGUCGUGAGACGCCUGACUUUACUGCUGCCUUUGGUGGUGAGCAAGGCAAGCUGACCGAGGCUGAACGCCCCGUCUGGCAAUGCAGUCAUUGUCGCAUUGGUGGAAGUGCUGUCUGGGCUGUCCGCGACGGUCCUAAUGGAUCUAGAUCACUCUGCAACAACUGCGGUCUUCUGUACGAACGCGACAAGCGUCUGCCACCCUGGGCUAAGGAUCUCUACCUGGUCGAACAGCCCAAACCCAGCAGGUAA